ACUUGAUGGUAGUACUGUCUUUGUACGAGUGCUCCGCAAAGUGUUCGCCCGAGCUCGGAGCAACGCGCGCCAGCACCAGCAGCAACGCGACAGCAGCAGUUGUCAGUACAGCAGUCAGCGGGACACAUCAUUGAAACAGUUUCAGUCGCAUCUCAGCCUUGCUGUGCUAAACACCGAAACCAUCAAGGAAACAGGUGGAGGCGCGUCUUACAGUGAGUUCUUCUGUCUAAAAUAGUUUUAAAUGUUGUAUUCAUUAAUUGUCAAGGAAGAAUUGCGUAGACUUGGAAGUUCCGGGAGUCAUUGGAGCAUGAAAACCGGCGUGGAGAGGAGCCCUUGUUCCAAAACUUGCGGGACCCUGUAAAGCUUGCUUUUCGGCUUCGUUUUUCCCUCCUUAAAAUUCCCGAGAGUGUGGCGUUUGGUGCCCGAAGUGGCUCGUGGAUGUUUCUCCCUAUGGUUGCUCAGGGACUUCCAACUUUAUAAUUAAUUAAAAAAAAAAAAAAAAAACACGAACAAAAGCAAAUUUUACUUUAUUAGAAAGAAGAAGGCAAGCAGAAUUAGGAACGUGAGAAGUGGAUGUUUAUUCAGCCAUGGAUGUGACAGUUUACCCGGCACCUCCACAGCCUCUGGCCGCGUCAGAGCACACGAGACUGGGGCAGCUCUCCUACCCUGACCCGGCCUUUGGGACCAACAAGUUGGAAGGAGACGCCAUGUUCCUGAAUAUGCAAGAAACGGGCCUUGACUAUGAUUCAAACAACCAGUUUCGUGUGCCGCAGCCCCCUCAGCCCCUCAGCAAGGUGACACCUUCCAACCCUUCCUCACAUCACUGGAGGAGGGACACACACAUGGCCGACACACAUCGUCUGCCUUGGUCCUACCAAAUGGGUGGCUUGGGUGAUGAAGACUUCAACAUCCCCCCCAUCACUCCCCCUACACUGCCAGACCACAUGCUGCCACCUCAUCUGCCCCACGAUUCCUCCACUGGACCCUAUCCUCCUUUGGAUAGCAACACCAGUACAACCUCACACCACCCUUACCAGCUUCAGGGUAUGAAUCUGGCCGGAAUGUCUGCCAAUCAAGAUUGCACGCCUAUGCUUAACCAAGAUGGGGGUACAUUCAGCCCUGAUGGGUCAGCAAUGACCAGUACUCUCUCAGUGAUGCAGCAGAUGGUAAACUCUGACUCUCGGUUUACCAGCAGCCAACAGCCAAUUGAAGCGGCGCUCGGACCCAAAAACCCACCAGGCAUGACCCAACCCAGUCAGUUGUCCACUAUCAACCAAUCCCAACUGGGACUUAGUGGAAAUUCUGUUACCCACAAUUCCCCAUCUCCUCCUGGAAGUAAAUCAGCUACGCCAUCUCCGUCCAGUUCAGCACACGAGGACGACAACGAUGAUGGAUUCAGGGGCAAUGGAGCUGAAAAACGACCAGCAGCAUUUGACAUCUCCAAAAAACCCAAGACUCCAAAGAAGAAGAAGAGGAAGGACCCCAAUGAGCCAGUGAAGCCAGUGUCUGCCUACGCCUUGUUCUUCAGGGACACUCAAGCCAAUAUUAAGGCCCAGAACCCUAACGCCACCUUUGGGGAGGUGUCGAAGAUUGUGGCCUCCAUGUGGGACGGCCUGGGAGAGGAACAGAAACAGGUGUAUAAGAAGAAGACAGAAACGGCAAAGAAGGAGUAUCUGAAACAAUUGGCUGCCUACAGGGCCAGUCUGGUCUCUCAGAGUUACAACGAUCCAUCUGAGAUGAAGCCGCCCCAGUCUUCUUCAUCGUCUUCCUCGUCAUCCUCUGCCUCAAUGUUCACAUCCAAGCCAUCUGUCUACGCGGGCCAGCACCCUUCCUCUAGCUCACUAGGCCACCCGCUUCCUCCCCACCAGCACCCAGGCAUUUACAUGCCAUACCCUCAUCCGUCGAACCUCACCCACCAUCCCUCAAGCCCCGGCCUUGGACACCCUCACCUGCUCCCGCCUCACACGCAGAUCCAUCCCCAGCUUCACGCCCUGUCCUCCAGAGGAACCGUGCCACGGUCCAGUUUGCCUCACCAAGGAGCGCUGUCCCUCGGCGGUGUGGUGCAAGCAUCCACGCCGCCCCACCAGGUCAGCCCGCCGCUCCAUAGCCAGGCUCACCUUGGGGGGCUACACAGUCCGCACCAGCAGCACCAGCAGCUCGGUGGUCACUCCCUGGGAAUGACACACUCCCCAGCCAUCACACAGGCCUACCCCCUCCAGCCUGAGUAUCAGCCAAUUGGAGGAGGUCUGAUGAAUAGCGGAGCGGUAAUGUCAUCAUCAGUGGACUACCACCAGCUGAGUCGACACAUGCCCAACCAUCACCCAUCUCUCGACUGGAGCGGUGAUUACCAUGGUAACGGAGGUCCUCAGCGAGAUAAAUCUUUGUACCUGAGUUAAUAUGUGGGCCAAAUGACACCAAACAUUGUACACAACCCUCUUCUGCCAUAAUGAGGAACCUCGUCCGGAACCAGUCAAGUUGACUUGGAGUAGAGCCCCCAAAAGACAGACUAAUGUUCUAAUAUUUGUUUGUUUUUUCCGGAAAGAGUGACAGUUCAUAUGAGAAUCUAAAUGGGGCAUGCGUAUAACGCCACAUUACUGUGUCAUUGAGAUGGUCGGGAAGACAGGUAAAACCAGGAAAACUUCCUGCUCCUGCAUUAGUUAGCAUUGCUUGAAUUAUAUCUAGGACUCAACUGUAUAUUGAUUUGAACUGAAAAAAAUAUGUUCUACAAAGGACAUAUUUUUACAUCCUGGGCUUGGAAAAGUGAAGGUUUAUGUAUAUAAUGUGUUAUAGGAGCCCUGACAAACGGAUUAUUCUACCCAAGCACUAUGAAGGAGUACUAGGGUCACUUAAUGCACAUCCCACAAAAAGAAUAUUACAUCAUGCAUUAAGUUUUGACAAUGUUAUUGUAUUACAGAGUACUAGAGUGGUAAUUACAUCGAAUGCCAGAAUUUCCACACAGAAGUUAACGUCAAACAGCAGCCAUCUUUAUCACGAGAGCUGCCAAAUAUAAAUGAAACAGUCCAUUUAAUAUUUGUUUGUAAAUAUGUGUAAGCUUCUGACUGUUGAUUAAACAAACCCAAAAAAAAUAAGACAAUUAUAUAACAAAUAUCUCCAUGUUCUCAUAUUAACACAUUUAGGGUUUGCUUCUGUAAUAUUCCAACUUAUUUAUCAUCAUGUUUGUUUCUUUUCUUUCCUGGCAAGUUUCGCAUAUUAUCAUUUGCGUUUUAUAUUCUUUUCAGUACAGCCCCUAAAACUCCUUCGUCAAAUUCCUAAAAUCCCAUCAGCCCUUGGGAAGAAAAAAAAAUCUUUCUACCUGCUUUUGUUUGUCUUUUUGUAUAGUAGGGCUGGACUUGCAGUUCUUAAAAGCUCUGAAGAGCAUGUGUAAAAUACUGUAAUGUAAUUGUUCAAGCUGUCCCUUUUGAAUCCAGUUAAUUAGUUUUCUUUACCUCCAUAGUAUACUGCUGCAGCCAAAGUGAAAAGAGCACAGCACACACAAGCCCACGUUGUUGGUGCUUACAUCUGGUGGGCACAAAUCCAGUGUAAUUUAGUCCUUGAAAUGAUGAAAUGUCAAAUAAUUAUUUGGUGAAUUCAAAGGUUUAUAUGCUGACAGCUCCUCCUCUGUAUAUUUGUCUGUCUGUUUCCAAAAUGGACUUGCAUCCCAAAUUGACUGAGUGAGUGAGCGAGCGAGCGAGUGACUGAGUGAGUGUGCUUGCAUGGUCUCAUUUGUCAUCUCUACUCUGUGCACAGAGGCUAUUUAUGAACCUAUAACUAUUGCUUUGUUGACUGUGUUUAAAUGUUUUGAAUCAAGUUAUGUUUUAGUGUUAAUGAUGAGAGAAACUAUCUCUCUUGCUCACCCUGUAUCUUUUUUGUAUGUUAUGUGUUUUUUGGCAGAUGAAAGGACUCUGGGCAAAAACCAUGAAGAUUUUCUUAUUUUUAGAUUCUAAAAGUGUGUUUGAGAAUAA